AUGUGUGGAGGCGCCUUAAAUGGGCUUUUGCUUGGACUGCUAUUCUUUGGGGUACGCGGUUCUGAAGACCAUCCACUUCAGCUCGACCCUGCUUCAGUGGUGGUGAGACAUAGAGAUCCAGUAUUGGUGAACUGCACCACUUCAAGAUAUCAUGAGGGAAUUGGCUGGGAGGCUUCAGAGGGAUCUGUUAACACGAUAGAAGGUGUCCAGUUUGUCACCUGGAGACUGGACUACAUCACCGACUGGGAGAUAGGACCUAGAUGCUACGGGAGCUUUCUGAAUGGCACAGAUCAGAUCUUACUCCGGAUCACUCUGUACAAGCCUCCAGACAGUGUUUCCAUCAGUGUUGUGAACCACACAGGCCCAAUGAAGGAGGGGAAACAGUACCAGCUGCAGUGUGAGGUCCAGAACAUCGCUCCUGUUCAGUACCUCACUGUGAAGUGGUACAAAGGAGAAACACUAGAGAAUCAAACCUCCUAUGAUGAUCUCACUAAGACUCCAGUGAAUGUGUCCUCUACCCUCCUGAUCACACCCACCAGUGCUGAUGAUGGAGCACAUUACAGCUGUGUGGCAGAGCUGGAACUGGGACCUGAAGGACCACAACCUUCACCUGAAGUGAAAUCUGAUCCCCUCAGCAUCACUGUGCUCUAUAAACCCAGAUUCACAGAGUGUCCGGACCUUGAGGUGUUGAGAGAAGGUGAAACUCUGGAUACUUUGGUCUCUUGUAGAGCUGAGGGGAACCCCUCUCCCAUGGUCACAUGGUACAGAAACCAAUCAGAGUUCAGUUCCACAGCAUUGACCAGGAGAGAUGUUGGGUGGUAUGUUAUUACAGCCAGAAACACUCAGGGUAGUGUCAGUGUCAACAUCACAGUAGGAUAUAGACCCACAUUUACCUGCAGUCGCAAAUAUGAGGUGAUUGAGAAUGAGCAUCACACUCUCAGGUGCACAGCUGAGGGCUUCCCUGUACCCAAAGCCACCUGGGUCAAGGGACAGGAGAAUGAGGUGGUGGAGCUCCCAGCUCAAAUGACCAGGAGAGAUGAUGGACAGUACACCCUCAUAGCCGAGAAUAUCUUUGGAACAGCCAAUCACUCGCUGGACAUUGAAGUUCUCUAUCCACCAUCAGACAUUGUUGAGCUUGAAAGUGAUGAGGUGGAUUUGGGGGCAGCAGCGGUGCUAAACUGUUCCUCCCAGGGGAACCCUUCACCCGGGUACACCUGGAAGUAUCCCCAUGCGCCCAAUGUGCAGAGGCAUAGUGCCAAUGGGGUGUCCCUGCUUAACAUCUCCAAUGCCUCUGAGGAAAAUAAUGGCUUUUACAACUGCUGUGCCUGGAACCGGAUAGGACCGGUCUGCAAAACCGUCAGGCUGACUGUCAGGGGGGAAGAAAAAUCACUCCGUACAAACACAAGCGGUUUAGAAUGCCCAAUCACACUGGAGCCUUCAACAGUGGUGGUGAGACAUGGAGAUCCAGUAUUGGUGAACUGCACCGUUUCAGGAGAUCAUGAUGGAAUCGGCUGGGAGGCAUCAGAGGGAUCUGUUGACACGGUAGAAGGUGUCCAGUUUGUCACCUGGCGUUUGGACAACCUGACAGAGUGGGAUAUACGACCUAAAUGCUACGGAGACAUUCAGAUCGCUCAAAAUGGAUCUUUCCAGUGUGGCCAUACGCUCAAAAUUACAGUGUAUAAGCCUCCAGACAGUGUCUCCAUCAGUGUUGUGGACCACACAGGCCCAAUGCUGGAGGGGAAACAGUACCAGCUGCAGUGUAAGGUCCAGAACACCGCUCCUGUUCAGUACCUCACUGUGAAGUGGUACAAAGGAGAAACAUUAGAGAAUCAAACCUCCUAUGAUGAUCUCACUAAGACUCCAGUGAAUGUGUCCACUACUCUCCUGAUCACACCCACCAGUGCUGAUGAUGGAGCACAGUACAGCUGUGUGGCAGAGCUGGAACUGGGACCUGAAGGACCACAACCUUCACCUGAAGUGAAAUCUGAUCCCCUCAGCAUCACUGUAGUCUACCCCCCCUCCUUCCACAGUCCUGGUAAUGAAGCCUUGAAGAAGACAGAGGGAGAGGAGGUCAUACUAAACUGCUCCACCAUGGGGAACCCCUCUCCUGGCUACUCCUGGUCCUCUCCUCUCGACCAAACAGAUAUGACUGUGACCCUGACCUCUUUGGUCCCUGGCACCCACAUCUAUAGCUGUAAUGCCUCCAAUGCCCACGGAAGUGAGAGCAAGGAAUUUACUGUCGAAAUCAUUGCCAUAGUGGACUACCUGCCCUUAAUCGCUGGGAUCGUCGCCAUUUCAGUUGUGAUCAUCUCGAUCACCUUCUUCUUCAUCUAUUGCGUCUACUACAAGAACACCAAGAUGGGCCGGUAUGACCUGAAGCUGGGGAUGUCUCGUACGCAGAACGCCCACGUGGCACAGAACGGCAGGGAUAGUAGCCUGCCUAUGAAGAAACUGACACAACCGAGCUUGCUUUCAGAAUGCCCAAUCACACUGGAGCCUUCAACAGUGGUGGUGAGACAUGGAGAUCCAGUAUCGGUGAACUGCACCGUUUCAGGAGAUCAUGAGGGAAUCGGCUGGGAGGCUUCAGAGGGAUCUGUUGACAGGGUAGAAGGUGUCCAGUUUGUCACCUGGGGUUUGGAGACCCUGACAGAGUGGGAUAUUCGACCUAAAUGCUUCGGAGACUUUCUGAUACAUUCUGCCUGUGACAUGAGGCUCAAUAUUACAGUGUAUAAGCCUCCAGACAGUGUCUCCAUCAGUGUUGUGAACCACACAGACCUAAAGAAGGAGGGGGAUGAGUACCAGCUACAGUGUGAGGUCCAGAACAUCGCUCCUGUUCAGUACCUCACUGUGAAGUGGUACAAAGGGGAAACACUAGAGAAUCAAACCUCCUAUGACGAUCUCACUAAGACUCCAGUGAAUGUGUCCUCUACCCUCCUGAUCACACCCACCAGUGCUGAUGAUGGAGCACAGUACAGCUGUGUGGCAGAGCUGGAACUGGGACCUGAAGGACCGCAACCUUCACCUGAAGUGAAAUCUGAUCCCCUCAGCAUCACUGUGCACUACACCCCGUUCUUCUCCAGUCCUGAUGAGACUGUGGAGGUGACAGAGGGGGAAGAGGUCCCUAUUAAAUGCUUGGCCCUGGGGAACCCCCCUCCUGCAUACUCCUGGUCCUCUCCUUCCAACCAAGAAUUGAAGACGAAUGAGAUGCUCGAGAUCACCUCAAGCUCUUUGUCCCCUGGUACCUACAUCUACACCUGCACUGCCUCCAACUCCUAUGGACGGCAGAGCAAGAUAUUCACUGUCAAUGUCAUCCCCAAAGAUGACCAGACCGUACUAUGGACAGUGAUUGGAGUAGGCGUGGCAGUGGCCGUGUUGCUCAUCCUUGGCUACCUCUACUACAAAUCAAAGGAUGUACCGUGGGAUCAAUGGGGAGGGGGGAUGAGGACGGGGGAGGCUUUUGUUUGCAGUCCACUCUUCACUUUAGGUUGCCUAGCACGACCAAGCCAGAAAUCCGAAGGGAUUAUACCAGCAGCGGACUCCGACAACGUCUUAGUCGAAAUGGCAAGCGAGUAUCUGAAACUGGCCGUUUUUCUCAGCGCCUUUUGCGCAGUAUCAGGAGAGGGCUGUUCCCUGCAGCUGCAUCCCUCGCGGGUGGUGGUGGGGUUUGGGGAUUCCGUGUCGGUCAGAUGUGUGGCCUCGCGCCCGGUGCGGGUGCUAGGCUGGGAAGCAGCCAUUGGCUCUGCCCACACGCAGCGUGACCUCACCGUCCGGUGGGGCGUGGACAGCCUGAAGGACUGGAUCGAGGAGCCUAUCUGCUAUGGGGUUUUCUUCACUGCACCCAGACAGUGUGAAGAGAAGCUGAACCUCGUGCUCUACAAGAUUCCAGACAGUGUCUCCAUCAGUGCUGUGAACCACACAGGCCCAAUGAAGGAGGGGAAACAGUACCAGCUGCAGUGUGAGGUCCAGAACAUCGCUCCUGUUCAGUACCUCACCCUCAGGUGGUAUAGGGGACAGACAGAAGUUUACAAUCACACGUUCUCUGAUCUCACACCUGACACGCCUGUCCAAGUGUCCUCUACCCUCCUGAUCACACCCACCAGUGCUGAGGAUGGAGCACAGUACAGCUGUGUGGCAGAGCUGGAACUGGGACCUGAAGGACCACAACCACCCCCUCAAGUGAAAGCUGAGCCACUCAGCAUCCUUGUGCACUACCCUCCAUUCUCCAGUCUUAUUGAUGAGACCUUGGAGGUGACAGAAGGGGAAGGGGUCCCCUUAAAUUGCUCCGUCCAGGGGAACCCCCCUCCUGAGUACUCCUGGUCCUCUCCUUCCGACCAAGAGGAGAAGAGUCAGACGCUGAUCACUUCCACCUCUCUGUCCCCUGGUACCCACGUCUACACCUGCACUGCCUCCAACCAGCUAGGGCAGCAAAGCAAGAAAUUCACUGUCAAAAUCCUCUCCAAAGUUUGGGAAAAGAGUGGAGGGAGCCAGGAGGAGAAGUAA